AUGAGCAGUGGGAUCAAUUUUCGAGCUAAAGACGAUGCCUCAUCAUUGGGCCCUUAUCGAGAUCAACGAUUCAAAGGUUCACUGCGUGAACAGGAAAAGCUUCUGCUUACUUCGAAAACACUCUAUGUUGGCAAUCUCUCGUACUAUACUACAGAGGAGCAGACUUAUGAACUAUUUAGUCGGGCUGGUGAUAUCAAGCGGAUAAUCAUGGGUAUUGAUCGAUUUAAGAAAACACCAUGUGGAUUCUGUUUUGUUGAAUACUACCUCCGGGAGGAUGCAGAAGACGCAAUGCGUUGUAUAAAUGGAACCCGGUUAGAUGAUCGAAUAAUUCGUACGGAUUGGGACGCUGGAUUUAUGGAAGGUCGUCAGUAUGGACGUGGUAAGCAUGGCGGGCAGGUUCGAGAUGAAUAUCGCAAAGAUUAUGAUCCAGGACGGGGAGGAUGGAAUAGAGUGAUUGCAACAAGAACUGCUGGACCAGAUUAA